ACUAACUAGACGUGAUGAAAAUUGCAUUUACAAUUAAAACAGAUUUUCACAGUGAUUAUGCUCGAGAAAAGGAAGGUAUAGAGGAGGUAAUUGAGAGACGAAAGAAGAAAGAAAAAAAAAUAAGAAAAGAUUGUGAGGAGAGGAAAAAUAUUGAAAAAAAAAAUUCAUCCUUGGAAAUUUAUCAUCGUACAUGAAAAGCAGGUUCAAUCGAGAAACUACGUAUCAUGCGAUGAAAGAAAAUGUGUAAAAAAAUUUCCCUUUCAAUUUAACAUCCAUACUGAGCAUGCGAUACGAAACAUUGCUGAAGAUUGGCGCCCUAUUCGAAAAAGAGAGAAAUGGAAAAUGGAUGCCUUUGCCUGCCUUUUUUUUUGCUUGCCUUCCCCAUUUUUAUCGACC